UGUGGCACGCCUCCGCGCCGCGCCGGCCAAAGCCGUACGCGUUGCUGGUACAUAAGACCCCGUCACUCCUCCCACUCCUCUUGAUGGCUGCUUCUUCCAUCUCUGGAUCGACCAACGACUCGUAGGAGGUGCAGUAGGUGUUCUAGGACGGCAAGAAGAAGAGCAAAAGGCUGCAGCUGCGGUGAGAGAAGGGAGGAAGAGAAGAGGACGACAUGGAUCGGUUGGUGAUACCGGAGCCGUCGAGCGAAGUGAUGAUCCGGGUGGAGCCCGGGAGGCAGGCGAGGGGGGAGCUCACGCUGCGGAACGCGAUGCACACCAUGCCGGUGGCGUUCAGGCUGCAGCCGGCCGUGCGGGGGCGCUUCGCGGUGCGCCCGCACACGGGGAUCCUGGCGCCGCUCGCCGCGGUCACCGUGGAGGUGCAGUACCUGGCCUCCGGGGCGCCAGAGGGGCCCAGUGGGUCAGGUGGCGGGAGCCGCGGCGAGGACGCGUUCCUGCUGCACAGCGUGGUGGCGCCCGGCGCCGCGGUGAAGGAGCCCGUCACGGCGCUGGACUCGGUCAACCCGGAGUGGUUCUCGGCGAGGAGGAAGCAGGUGUUCGUGGACAGCGGCAUCAGGGCGACCUUCGUGGGCGCGUCCGUGGCCGCGCGGCUUGUCGCCGCCGGCGCGGUGGAGGCGCUCAGGGAGGUGCUCGACCGCAGCGAGCCCGAGUGGCGCUCGGCGGACGCCGCCGAAGAGUCCGGGCGCACGCUUCUUGACCUCGCCGUCGGCCUCGGCCGCGCCGACAUCGUCCAGGUGCUGCUCGAGUACGGCGCGGACGCCGACAAGCCGAGCCGCGGGCGGACGCCCCUCGAGACGGCCGCCGCCUCUGGCGAGUGCCUCAUCGCCGAGCUCCUCCUCGCCAACGGCGCGAAUCCGGCCGGCUCCGACGCGCUCCACGUGGCCGCGGCGGCCGGCCACAACGACGUCUUGAAGCUGCUCCUUGCCAAGCCCGCCUGUGCUUCUCCCGCCUCGUCCUCGUCCGCGUCCUUCUCAUGUUCGUUUACAUCUAUCGACGCGGCGGGGAGGGACGGCAAGACUCCCCUUCGGUUGGCGGCGGAGGCGGGACGGCGGGAUGCGGUGAAGGCGCUCCUCGCGGCGGGCGCGAGGGCCGAGGCCAGGUGCGGCACAGACGGGGCCACCGCGCUGCACGCCGCGGCGAGGCGCGGGGACGAGGCGGUCGCGCGUCUCCUCCUGUCGCACGGCGUGGCCGGCACGGCCGCCGUGCGCGACGUGGCAGGGAAGACGGCCUUCGAGAUCGCCGCCGAGGAGGGCCACGGCGGCCGGAUCAUGGACUUCCUGGGCCUCGGCGAGGCGAUCCUGGACGCCGCGCGCAAGGGCGAGGUGAGGUCUGUACGGCGCGCGGCCGACGGCGGCGCGUCCGUCGAGGGGCGGGACGCGCACGGGUGGACGCCGCUCAUGCGCGCCGCCUUCAAAGGGCGCGCCGACACGGCGCGCGACCUCAUCGACCGCGGCGCGGACGUCGACGCGGCCGACGCCGAGGGGUACACGGCGCUGCACUGCGCGGCCGAGGCCGGUCGAGCCGACGUGGUAGACCUCCUCCUAAAGAGCGGCGCGAACGCCAAGACCACGACGGCGAAGGGAAGAACUGCCACCGAGAUCGCGGCCGCCGCGGGGAAGUCCAAGGUGGUGCGGCUUCUUGAGAAGUCCGGCGGCAUGGGGAGGAAGGAUGUCAGCGAGAAGGCGGCACCGGCGGUGGCAAAGGGUGGCAGCAUGGACAGGAGGCGGCGAGGGAGAAAGGGGAGCAGUGGGGCCAUACGGUUUGGUGGCGGCAAGGAGGGGUUCGAAGCCGCCGCGGUUACCGUUGGAUGGUCACACUAGCCCGUGAUCAAUUUGAGGAGUCUCUGGGAUUUUGGCUCAAAACUGCCUAAAAAGGAUUUGGUCUAAUUUGUGAUUAGUUUUGGAUGAGACAUCAAUUAAAAUUCGUUUUGAAGGAACAGGCAAGUAAUAUAUUUAUGUGUUACACAUGUGGUUGAGGUUGUGUAGUACAUACACUUGUAAAAAAUAGAUUGCUCAAAGUUAGGUGUUCUGCGUGCUGCCAUACUGUACUGAUGGCAUGGGUUUGUAGUUGAUGACUUGAGGAUAAUGGGCAGGAAUUGAAUGACC